GCAAAAUUCUCUUUGCUGGUUGACGUAGCACGGCGAUUGAACGGCGAUUAGAAAUGACUAGACUUCCGCCCAAUGCUUCUGGAGUUAAGGCCAGCUAGCUCCGCUUACUUGUAGAACUAUCCUAAACCAAUCUGUCUAUACAUAUACAUGUGCUUCACAGGAGUCCUUGAGUCAUUACUCAACAUUGAACGGACCGAUCUCGUUCCUCAAGCAAAUUACCGACCAAAUCAUACCUAGGUUUUCAACAAUAAUGGCCUUUCCACCUUACACAAAGACAUUCCACAGAGGCUCCUAUGCCGGGAUUGACCCUUCUCGUCCUGAGCUCUCCACAUCAGGAAAGGUUGUUCUUAUCACAGGCGGUGGUUCUGGUAUUGGAUGUCGCAUAGCCCAUGCAUUCGCAACUUCUGGAUGCAAGAAGAUCGCUAUCCUUGGACGAACUGUUGGCAGCCUCGAGAAGACCAAGAAGGAGAUAGAGGGAGACCAUGCUGGCGUGACAGUUCACGCAGAGAUUGCUGAUAUCGCUGAUACCGAAGCGGUCAGCAAAGCAUUUGAGGGCGCUUCUAAAGCCUUGGGCAAGAUCGAUAUAGUUAUUGGUAACGCAGGUUACUUACCGGAUACGAAACCCAUCGCGCAAGCAGAUACCGAGGAAUGGUUCAGGGGGAUGACAAUCAAUGUCAAAGGCACCCUGAAUCUUACCAAAUCUUUCCUCCAGUGCGCCGCGGAGAAACCGACAUUCGUGCAUGUAUCAACCGGCGGAUGCCACAUUGAGCCCAUGCCUGCAAACAGCGGGUACGCAGUAAGCAAAAUGGCAGCCGCUAGGUUGAUGGAGUAUUUCGCCUUCGAGAACCCGGAUGUCCGGGUCCACAACAUUCACCCUGGUGUUGUGCAGACAGAGAUGUUUCAGAAAAGCUCCGAGCUUGGUAUGGAGUUCGAAUUUGAUGACAUCGAACUACCAGCGUCCUUUGCAGUUUGGAUCGUCAGCCCCGAGGCAGAAUUCUUGAAGGGAAAGUUUGUCUGGUCGAACUGGGAUGUUGAGGAGUUGAAGGCUAAGAAAGAGCAGCUUAAAUCCUCGCAAGGUCUUACACUUGGUCUUCUAGGGUGGCCUUAGAGAUGCGCUUGUGUGUUGUCGAUGAUAUCGUACGCAUACUUGAUGCCUUUGCGCUGUUCUGUAUUGAGAUUUGUAUACUACCUCACGGGUAUCUUAUUCAGGCUUUAUGCUACUAUCAUGAUGAGCAUCAAAAUUCGACCAUAGAACUGACACGACUAUCUUGUCUCCUUAGCGGAGUGCUGUCUUGAUCUAGCAACGACACAGUUGAACUCAUUACCUGAUCGUCCGUAUCGUGCGUCUUCCCGUCAUCAAACCGGAAAGUCACCAUGAUCUUACGGCUAGCAGCCACCAUCGUACUUGCUUCCAUCAGCCCUUCCACCUGGUCACCACCCGUAUCUUUGCCAGAAGGCUGUAUCGGCAAAGCUUUG